GCUGUGGAGGCCUGCCAUUAUCAACCAUCUCUAUUGGACCGCAGCUUCCACCCCUACAGGAGAUCCAGAUGAGAUGCAGGCAAAAUGGCAGAGUAUGAUAAAUCAUGUACAGGACAUACAUAAACACAGCACUCCUGCAUUUACCAGCUGCGCACAUCCACCGUUGGAAGGAGAGGCAAGAAACAAGGAGUGGCUGGAACCAGGAUCACCAGCAGCCACUAAACUGGAGAGUGUAGCUGCCAGGAAAGCACUGGUAAAGGAUAUUCGACAAUUGUCACCUCAGCAUCAGACAUUCUCCCUGGAGGCCUACCAUUCCCUUAUUCUGCACUUUGCUCCCAAACACACUGGCUUUUCUUUUCUUGGGAUGUACAGCAGACUUCUCUUGGCAGCCCUACAUUUCAAUAGUAAUGGCAACAGAGAUGUAGCGCGUACUAGUGAGGGUGAGGUACGCUACGCUGUUCGCUACCCACGGUUUCGGAAAGGUGGCUGGGUAGUCCACCCCAUCAAGGAGAAACCAUCUUACGGAUACGCAACAAAUCUUAUGGUCUCUCUGGUAGAGGAAUACUGCAAGUCACCACAGGCCCUACAAGAAAGCAGUGCCGUCUUGUCCUCUGCUGCACCGCCCCCCCUCACCUCUUCCGUCCAGAAGGUUGCCAAGGAUGAGGCAGUCAGCCUCCAUCUCGCACGACACUCACGUUUUAACAUGUAAUA